AUGAAGUGGAAUGCGGAGACCGACUUCCCCACCCUCAUCCGAGGGUUUGGGCGCGAAAUCAGGGCCAAGGAGCAUGCGAACAUCGCUCUGCUCUACCCUGAGCAACCAACCACCAAGUCCGUCCAGGAGAGGGUCCAGAAGCUCCGCACCCGCGCCCGCGCCGCCCAUGAAGCCGACGGCCACGGCAUCCAACUCCCGGCCUCCUCCUUCCGCCAAGACAUGACGGCCGAAGAGCGUGUGGCGGCGGCGGCGCGCCUUCUCCGCGAGGUGUUUGAGAUGGGCGCUGGGGAUGUGCAGGCGCUGGCGGCGUAUAUGCGGGGGAUGGAGAAGAGUGGGCUUGUGGGUGCUCCGGGUGAGGAUGGUGAGGGCGAAGGCGGUGAUGACGGCGGCGAUGGCGAUGAGGAGCCUUCCCCGUCCGAUUCUCGACCGCCAAAACGCCAGAGGACCGGCACCAACACCGCUCAGGAGGGCCUCACGACCACGCCCGUCCAGGAGAUACAGCGCCAGCCGGAAAGGCAGCGCAUCGACCUCAGCACCCUCCGAGCUGAGGUGGUGGAGGCUGCACGUGAUGCCGUCCGCGCCGAAGCUGCCCGCCAAGCCCAGCGUGCUGAAGACGAAGCCGUUGAGCUUCUGAUUUAUCAGAACCACGUGGAGGCUGCGCGCUUGGCGAGGAUGGUCGCUGAUGCUGGGAGUCCGGAGGAGGGUGAAGGGGUUGUCGAAGAAGAGGAGAGGGAGACGGUGGAGCAGGCCCGUGCUGGCAAGAGGAGGACGGGCGGGGACGGGGAGGGUGGGCCAGCUCCGAGGAGGGGUGGGAAUAGUGGUGAUGCUGAGGAAGAGGGUAAGAGUGGGGAGGGUGAGGGGGUGGCGUGA